AUGAAAUUGACGCUGACGGUAGUGGGUCUAUUGGCUGUGACUGUGGCUUUUGCCACAGCCAAGGAUGUUCCAGCAUUUGUCCGUAGUUUUGAAAAUUUACAUCGAGGACCUCCCGAAGACUCUCACAUUGAAAGCAGAGCUGUAGAAACGGAAUGGAUUACGCAAAAAUUGGAUCAUUUCGAUGAGACGAAUGAUGGCACCUGGGAAAUGCGCUACAUGUCUAACGCUGAAUAUUUCAAAGCUGGUGGUCCCAUGAUCAUCUACCUUGGUGGUGAAUGGGCAAUUUCACCAGGUAGCAUUUCAUCGGGUAUGUUGGCCGAUAUAGCCAAGGAACACAAUGGUAUGUUGUUCUAUACCGAACAUCGUUACUAUGGCCAGAGCAAACCAACCAAAGACCUUUUGGUAGAAAAUUUGCAGUAUUUGCACGUGAAACAAGCCUUAGCCGAUUUGGCCCACUUCAUUCGUUAUAAACAUGAAACUGUUCCCGAGUUAGCCAAUUCGAAAGUUAUCAUAGCUGGUGGUUCAUAUUCCGCCACAAUGGUUGUGUGGUUUAAGAAACUCUAUCCUGAAUUGGUUGCUGGUGGCUGGGCAUCAUCCGCACCCAUCUUGGCUAAAGUCGAUUUUGUCGAAUACAAAGAAGUUGUGGGACAAGCUUUGAAAGAACUGGGUUCCGAACAAUGUUAUAACCGUGUUCAGAACGGUAUUGCUCAAUUGGAAGAGAUGAUUGCCAAUAAACGUUCCGCCGAAGUUAAGGCCAUGCUGAAACUGUGUGAUAAUUUCGAUCAUAAUAAUGAUUUGGAUUUGUGGUCAUUAUUUGGAUCCAUUUCGAAUAUAUUCUCUGGAUUUGUGCAAUAUCAAUCUGAAGGAGAUGUCCCCUACAGAUGUGACUACAUUAUGUCCUUUGAAGAUGAUUUAACUGCCAUUGCCAACUUCUUCCUAGUUUCUGUGGGUAUCUCCGAGGGCUGUGUUGAUGUUAGCUACAAGGAUACCGUUGCCUAUUAUAAGGACAGCACUUAUACCAAGGGAGCUUCCCGUCCAUGGUAUUUCCAAACUUGCAAUGAAUAUGGCUGGUAUCAAACUUCUGGGUCACGCAAUCAACCCUUUGGCACUAAAUUCCCCGUCACCCUGUACACCACUUUGUGUGCCGAUAUCUUUGGCGACAAAUAUACGAAUGAACAAAUCCACAAAUUGGCCGAUCAGACCAAUGAAGAUUUUGGCGGUAUGAAUCCCGAAGUUGAAAAUGUCUAUAUGACACAUGGUGCCUUGGAUCCAUGGAGUGCUAUGGGCCAUGGUUUGGAACAAGGUGCUUCUGUCAUUCCCAGAGCAUCACAUUGUGCUGAUUUUGGUUCGAUCAGCAGUGCUGAUAGUCCUGAAAUGCGUGCCUCCAAGGAAAGACUAUUGGAAUUGGUUCGUGAAUGGUUGAAAUAA